AUCAAAAGUCGACUUACAGAUCCCUACGUCACCAUUUGUUUUGUGUUAAAAUAGCGCACGUUUACUUGCACGCUUGAACUUACUAUUUUUUUCCGAAAAAAACACCGCUAAAAAUAUUUAACAACCAACAUGAUUAUUCCCAUUCGCUGUUUCACAUGUGGCAAAGUUAUUGGCAAUAAAUGGGAGUCGUAUCUGGGCUUACUGCAAGCGGAAUACACUGAGGGUGACGCUUUGGAUGCCCUGGGUUUGAAACGCUACUGCUGUCGUCGUAUGUUGUUGGGUCAUGUGGAUUUAAUUGAAAAAUUGCUGAAUUAUGCUCCUCUCGAGAAGUAAAUGGUGGAAUACCUUCCUUUAGAUCUAAUUUAAUUUAAGGUUAGCAUGUAAAUAAAUAAAACAAUUUAACAAUUUUCAUGUAAAAUAAAACGGCAUUUACGCUUUUUUAAUUACAAAACAA